AUGUCCAUCGUAACAUCCAUAAAUGAGAACGACAAAGUUGACGUAGAACAAAUAAUUAAAUCGUUAAAAGAGUCCACAACUGAUAGUGAAAAAUUUGCUGGUUUAAUAAUUAUUCCAAAAUAUUUGCAUGUUCAAAAUUUAUCACAAAAACAACUUCAUUCAUUAUUUGAAGCCAUUUCAGUUCAAUUUUUAAAACGUCUGUUAAAAACAGACUGUUUAUCUGAAAAUUCUUCUCCAAUAGCAUAUGCAAACGUUUUAAAUUCAGAUUACAUGUCAUUAGUUGAUGAUCUCAUCUAUCGUGCUAAUCGCGUACAUAAUAAAAAAACAAUUGAUGAUGAUGAAAAAUCAUUUAUUCGUGAUACGUUGCAAUUUUUAACAACAAUAAUUCAAAAAUAUCCAAUAUCGAUUCAAUCAAUAAAACUUGUUGUUCAGCUAUGUUACCAACGACAAACAGAUAGGAAUGAACAGCGUGCAAUAUUAAUUGAUGUUUAUGCGUGCCUUGUUGAACAAUAUCAAACAGUUACAUUUAUUUAUCAACAUAAUAAACAGACAUUUCUCUUGUUAGUACGCCUAUGUAUUGUUGAAAUACGAAUGAUUGUAGAAAAUCCAAGUUUACCUAUGAUUUUAAAUAAUAUACAACAUCUUGCCAGUUGUUUUCUGAUUAUUGAACAAACGAUUUUUGCUUUAUCUCAAUCGGAUGACGAUACUAUCACAGAUGAUGAGACAACGUUAAUUAUUCAAAAACUAAUUGAAAUGUUUCACGGAUGUAUAUUUUUAAUUGAUCUAAUUAUCGAUAAUGAUAACGAAGACGAAAAUAAACAGUCUUAUGAUACUGUUUUACAAGCAACUGUUCGUUUAUUAGGAAUUUGGCUUAGCCAAGAACCUAUGGCUCUACAAAGUGUCGUACAAUCUCGUUUAUCAAAGUGGCUCAAUUAUGGUUUAAAUUCUUCGACAUGUAAUGAGAUUUUUAAGAAAUUCUUGGUACCAAUUGCUAGAGAAGAUAAUAGUGAGAAUGAAAGUAGUUGGAACAAACCGAUAACAAUUUAG